UGUGUUCUUUUGUGUCCUUCUCUGGUCAGAUUGAUUAAUUAGCAGGCAUCUCCUCGCCCUGUGACCUCGCCCGGACAUGGACUUCCCUGACGAGCUUCUGUUGGCCGAGCUGAGUCACCUGCAGCUUUACAACGACUCCCUCUUCGGGAACAACUUCAGCACCGCCUACAAUGAAACCGACGCCCUGCUGCCAACCGGAGUGAGGGUCACCAUUGUGCUGGUCUAUAUGAUCGUUUGCGUCGUUGGCCUGGUGGGGAACUUCCUGGUGAUGUACGUCAUUAUAAGGUACACGAAGAUGAAGACGGCCACUAACAUCUACAUCUUCAAUCUGGCUCUUGCUGACUCUUUAUUCCUUGCCACGUUACCAUUCCAGGGCACUGACGUGUUUCUGGGCUUCUGGCCGUUUGGCAACGCCUUGUGCAAGGCAGUAGUGUCCAUCGACUAUUACAACAUGUUCACCAGCACCUUCACGCUGACAGUGAUGAGCAUUGACAGGUAUGUGGCUGUCUGCCACCCCGUCAAAGCUCUGGACAUGAGGACUCCUCACAAGGCCAAGGUGGUGAAUAUCUGUGUGUGGGUGUUGGCCUCAGCCUUUGGAGUUCCAGCCAUGGUGAUGGGGAACGUUGAGGAGGAGCAAGAGCAUAACAGCAUCGAGUGCAUCGUCGUCCUACCUGAACCACGAAGUCACUGGGAUCCCGUCUUUGGCACUUGCGUCUUCCUCUUCUCCUUUCUCAUCCCUGUGGCCAUUAUCAGUGUCUGUUACAGCCUGAUGGUCAAGCGCCUACGCAGCGUCCGCAUCCUGUCAGGCUCAAAGGAGAAAGACCGUAACCUGCGGCGCAUCACCAGGAUGGUUCUGGUAGUGGUGGCGGUGUUUGUGGUGUGCUGGACACCCAUCCAGAUCAUGGUCCUGGCUCAGUCUCUGGGUUUCAACCUGAGCAGCUUGUCCACGUUGGUCGUGAUGCACUUCUGCAUUGCUCUGGGCUAUGUUAACAGCAGCCUCAACCCUGUUCUCUAUGCCUUCCUGGAUGAGAACUUCAAGCGCUGCUUCCGAGAAUUCUGCCAACCUUCUGCGUUCCUUCUGGACACCCAGCAGUCGGGCCGGAUGAGGAGCCUCGCCCUGGAGGUAGCGGCCGCCUACACCUGCAAGGCCAACGGCGGCGGACCCGGCGGAGGGACUCCCAAUCCGGCGUGACUAGGCGUGGAGCUUCCCCUGAUGGGGGAAGAUCCCCAACAGAGGAGAGAGACACCGGGGACGGGGAACUCCAACACCGAACUGACUCAGAUUACAGCUCUCUAGCGGCACGAGCCCCCCCAUCCCCCAACUAUACGAGUGGCCUGGGGUGGGGGGGAGUCUGACGAGGACGAUGGUGCAGAAGGGAAAAGAAUCUGAGAAAACAUUGAGUCGGGAAGACCGUAUGACUGGAAAAAGUACGACUUGAUCAAAACAAGAAUAGAAUUGACAGUGUAGCAGACAUUUGGACUGGAGGUGGUGCUUCAUUUGAGAGCGGUUACAUCCUGAUUCUUGGAAUGCUCCACCACUUUGGGGAGAUUGCUGCGUGUGUCAGAAGAUAAACCCUAAAUAGGAUUUAUUUUUAAAACCAAUUCCCAUGCUAACAAGCCUCAAUGAUUGCAUGUCUAGUCAUAGAGACAAAGGCUGGACCUGACUGGAGAAGGCGAUCAAACCACUAAAUUGGUGCUUUGAAGAAGAUUGUAUAUUGACAGUGGAGGUGAAAGGACCGCAGAUAUCAUCACUCUAAGCUUGGGAAAGGAAGGAUCAACAUGAUGGUUGAUUGUAUCUUUUGAGGUCAUUUUUUUCAGGCCAUCGGGAUGUAUGAAUUCCGGUUCUCUAAUCCCGAGUGGGUCUACCAGAUAGAGGUGUUCAAGCUUUAGAUGGAGAUUUUAAAUUGGCUGUGAACAUAUAUGUGUGUGUGUAUAGAGAUGACAUAAUGGGUCGUAUGAAUGUGACUUCAGCUCCAUGACUCGACCCACUUGGGAAUUCACCAGGUCGAAGCAAUUAUUAUGCUGCAUUCUAGAAAACGGGGGAUUCCAAGGUUUCAGACCACCCACUGGGAAAAGUGCAAUGGAAUGCUAAUCGAUAGCCAAAGUGGGGGAAUUUAAUCAAAUGUAGUGCUUUGUCAUAGUCUUUUUAUUUGUAGUAAUAGCUUCUACUUGAUAUUAUCUUUAAUAGCAAUCUGUUCUGCACGGAAUUUGGUAUGAAGAUAUGUUGCUAUAUUCUUUCCGCAUGCAGUCAUUUGGUUAAAUAGAUCGAUAUAAAAAAAUGUGUUAGCCAGUUAUGGGCUCUCCAUUGUUGUCUUAUUUCUAUUUGCGUUACAAGGAAGAUGUGGAAUCCUCGGAUACCUCAAGAUCCUUCUUUCUGUUUUCUGGAAUGCAACAUCAGCCCAGACAAACGUGGAGCCUCUAAUUGAACAUUGACAUUGUUCACAAUCUGGCUUUUUGGGAUAAGGGGUGCUUUGCGAAUGCUGCGAGGAGGUGCUGUGUUGCAGUUCGCCGGUUCAAGGAUCACUUUUGAGGGUUGGCUUGCGGGCCUCGUUGGAGUGCAAAGCACGAGAAGGGAGUCACUAAGCUGGAACCCCACCUCAAGGGAUAAAGGGACUCACUCUCAAUCUCUUCUUAGUGUCUUAAAGCUGACAGUAAAACUUCAACAAAAACCAUCAAGGGUCAUCAUGAUGCUGCACAUUCUUAGUUUAUUUAUACCAGUACAGUACUCUUUUCUUGUCUUGUUUUGGUACUGUGCAUCCUGAUUAGGGCUUUAGGGCACUUGCCACAGAUGUGUUUUUAGUAUUUAUGUAUAAUCACCACUUUUAAUCAUGGCUAAUUGAUUUUAGCCAUAUGAUAUCCUUUAGGGCUCACAUGCUUGACGUUGGCUGACGAAUGUGAUGAAAAAAAAAAAGUUUCCAAGACCUGUUGUAUGUAAUCACUUUCACGUCUCCGGGGCUGGGUUCACACUGCAUGUCCAAUGAACCAAUUGCAAAUUAAUGCCGUCUGAUGUCUUUUACCGACGCAAUCCAUUUACACGUUUCAAGUGACGCAUCUUCCAGACCAUCUGUUUUUAUGUUUACAAAACACAUGAAACAAUCCACAUGCUCAGAUGCACAAAUUGCACGGAAAUAACUCCACACUGGGUAGUUUCAACACGCAGGUCAACAUGUUGAAUAUAUAAUCAUUCAAAACUCAAACAUUAAGUAGCUGAUCAGCCACCUGCCGCCACACCCUGAUUUAAAUGAUGAGUCGACAAGCUGCUGGUGUCAAUUAUUUAGCUUAACUUACUUAAUGAUGGACACACCUCAAAUUAUAUGUGUCAUAUUCAAUUGUCCACGCUUUCAUAGUCAUUUAUAUUUAAAGAAGGAAGACUCUUUGUCCAAUUGCGACACACAGGCCCAUAGAGGAAUCCCAUGAGCGUCCAGGGACGAACAGCAUCAGUGUCUCCAUGGCAGCGGUCAAGAGACAGUGGAAAAAAAAAAAAGAGCGGGGAGAAUAAUAAUGGAAAUCAUAAAGGCAGACGCAAACAUCAUUGAGUUAAAGCUGGUGUGUUGGUUGGCUGACUCAUCCUUUUGUAUGAAACGACACGUAACCAGGGUAACAAUGAGGUUCUUCUACCAGUAGGUGAAAAUGAGUGAGGAUGAAAAUAUAAAACAAACUCCAGCCAUACACCUGGUUAUACAUUUGAAGGUGAUCGCAAGAUGCGAACAUUAUAAUCUGAGAAGAGUGGCGUGGCGUUGUGACUCAAUUCAAAUGCACUUAUUGAAAGUGUUUUCGUCCUUAAAGAUCACUCUUAUGUAUCAUUUGGUGUUCUUUUUGUUGUUGUUGUUGUUAUUGUUGCGCAAUAAAAA